UUUAUUAUGGACACGGGUCUUGUGUACAUACAUUGUAGAAAUCAGUGAUUAAUUGUAUCAGUGGCAGAGGAGGAGAAUUACUUGCAUGUGGUAAAAAAUAUAUAUAUCCAUAAUAAAGCACAUAAAAAAGUUUGUAUUUCCAAUCUGGAAAUAGUUCACAAUCAUGUCCAACAAUGGAACAUGAUAGGAUGGACAGUCAUAAUUAUGGCCCUAUAUCUGAUACACAUGUGAAGCAAGCUUGCAUACGUUGGAUUUAUAUUGCGAAACAACAACAAAAAACGAUAGGACAAGGAGAAGCCUCCUUCAACAGCUUGAUGAAUUCGCCUGAAUACCAAAGGUGCGUGCCCGCUCGUGUGUUGUUCUGCGUGCGUGCGCGCCCCCUACUAUGUUUACUGGACAAGCAAGACACGCUCAAGGCGCAAAUUGGAUUUUACAAUGUAAAUAGAAAGCAGGAGAAUCAUUCGCGAAGUCGUAAAUAUCUAUUUAAAAUUACCUUAGACUGGGUACAUCAGUUAUUUACUGAACUAGCUCAUUGUGUAUUUGCUGAAACAGUAAUAUCGGUGUUUUUAGGAAUUACAAGGGAUUUAAAACAGAGGAAGCUAUGUAUCGGUCUCUGUAUGCUUUCCGAUCCGCGGAGCCCAACUCGCUCCACUUCGGGGCCGGGGAGGGCUUUCUGAUCCUGGAACGCAGCAACAAACACUGGUGGCUCGGCUCGCGCUGCAGUUCGGGCGAAACCGGCUACGUUCCUGCUUCUUACAUCGAAAGGAUUCAGGCUCCGGAACAGGAUGAAGUGUUACAGUCUAUCGACAGGGCCAUUGAAGAGAUCCAUAACGUGGCAAUGAAGAACGGGGGCAAAUACAACCUGGAGCAGCGAGACGUGCUACAGAAGUUGAUCCAUCACAGGAAGGAGACCCUGUCAAGGCGAAGUCCAACUCUAUCCAGUCACAAGCAGGGCCUGCCCUCAUCUACCAGCGAACUGUCCCUCAGCCACACCCCUCAACCACCCAAUGGGAUCAGCCGCACCCUGUCAGAGAGUACCGACAAUGUUCAAGGGCUUUACCAGGUGCCUCCUCAGUCCCGCCGUGCAGCACCCAUAACCCCGCCCCCUCCUGAGAAACAAAGAGCCAGCCGACGCCCAGCAGAGUCUUCCAUUCCUCCUCCUGGCCCUGCCCCUCCUGCAGGGUCUGGCCUGUCCCCCUCGGUCAACUCCGCCUCCCUGGACUCUGUCUCCUCCCACUCGGUGGUGUCCUCUGAUGUCAGCCUGACAAGCGUUGCCAGCACCCCGCCCCCAGUGCCAAGCCGUGUGAAGCCCCCACCCCCGCCUGCAGACGACCUGCCCUCCUCUGCCUCCUCUCCCCAAUCAGUUCCCUCAAAGAAGGUCCAUGCCCCCCAAUCUCAAACUCAGCCCACUCUGCCACCACAGUCCAGCACUGUGGACCAAACAGAAACCGACUGGCCUCUUGCCCCGCCCUCUGUUGCUGAAAGCUCCCCCGGCAGCCCCACUCACUCAGAGCUUGUCCCUGGGACAACAGGGGCGGAGCUUAUCGAGCUAGUGAGGAGGAACACGGGCCUGAGUUACGAGCUGUCUCGCGUGGCGGUGGGUGUGGUCGUGGGUCACCUGCAGACCACCCUACCUCAAGCCUCCUCUGCCUUAGAGAAGGUCCUCCUCUCAUUGGUAGAGAGCAAGGAUCAGAGUUCUGCAUUGCCACAGGGACAAGUGUGUCACGAUGAACAGCGCCUGGAGGUCAUCUUAGGCGACCUUGCCCGUCACGUUGAUGACUCUCAGCAGCGCAGCUGGGCCCUUUACGAAGACCACUCCCUCAUCGCAUGUUACCUGGAGGAGCUGCUGAAGAUACUGACGGAUGCUGAUCCAGAGGUGUGUAAGAGGAUGUGCAGGGUCAACCACGCUGAGCCAGUGUUGUCACUAGUGUCCUAUUAUCAGAUGGAGCACCGAGUGUCUCUACGCUUGCUGUUGCUCAAGGUGUUUGGGGCGAUGUGUAGCCUGGACUCUGCCCUUAUCUCAACCCUCCUCAACUCCAUCCUGCCCAUGGAGCUGGCCAGAGACAUGCAGACAGACACACAGGAGCAUCAGAAGAUGUGCUACACAGCCUUGGUCCUGACUAUGAUCUUCUCUAUGGGGGAGCAUGUGCCCUAUCACCACUACGAGCACUUAAACGCUAGCUUUGUUCAGUUCCUUCUAGAUGUAGUAGAGGAGGGUCUUCCCUCUGACCCCACAGAACAGCUCCCUGACCUCUGUGUCAACCUCAUCCUGGCCUUCAACCUGCACCUCACAGUGCCCAGCAGCAACGUGAUAAUGCAGACUUUGAUCAAGAAAAACGUGAAGCUCUUUUCGGAGAAAAUAGUGCUGCUACUAAACCGAGGAGAUGACCCUGUGUGUGUCUUUAAACAUGCUCCCCCUGCCCCACACUCAGUUCUUAAGUUCCUGCAGGAUGUCUUCGCCAGCCGAGACUCCGCUGACAUCUUCUACCACACGGACAUGAUGGUGAUGAUAGAUAUCACUGUUCGAUGCAUCUCUGACCUCUCACCUGGGGACAAGUUGAGAAUGGAAUACCUCUCUCUCAUGCACUCCAUCAUGCGCUCCACAGACUACCUGGAGCACCGGCACCGCCUCUCUGACCUGCAGGGCGCGCUGCAAAGGAUUCUAAGAGAGGACGACUUGGGAGCGGAAAAGGGCGGGGCCACAGCCAAACAGAUGGAUAAGCUAAUAGUGCAGGAGAUCUACAAGGAAUUCCCUCAGAUCAACGAGAGCUAGGAGGACUGAAUAUAACAGUUCACUCAUGAUCCAGCAGUCUGCUCCUUUAUACUGAGGGAUGGUACUGUGAAGCUUCCUAGGGUUAACAAAGGACUGUAGUCAGCUACUUAGUUUCUGAGUGAACAUACUAUUACAACCCUCCAUCACACUAUUACAAUCAUGACAUAAGAGAUGAGAUUAACACCUGCUGUCAUGGCUGUUUAUUACAUCUGUUAGGUCAUGAUUAUGAUAAUGUUAUGUAGCUCUUAUGACGGAGGAUUCAAGUGAAGUGUUACCCAACAGCAUACUGCAUUGUGCUCUAAAUGUGCUCCCUUGUACUGAGGGACCAAACUACGGUGUGUACGGAGGGCCUUGUAACCCUGGGACUAGUGUACUCUAUACUGUCUUCUUACUUUGUCUAUUCAUGUGUCUUUAUCACUCACUCUUAUUCCUCACCACCAGGCAUGGCCUCACAGAAUGUUACUAAGACAGUUCAAAGAAAAGCCAAAUGAGCUAAUACACUGAUAACGAAACAUUCUGGUCCGGUUUCCCUAGACACAGAUUAAGUCAAGUUCUGGACUAAAAAGCAUGCUCAAUGGAGAAUCUACAUGGACUAGGCUUAAUCUGUGUCCGGUGAACCAGACCUCUGACAACAAGACAUUCUAGGCUUUGAGGCUAGUUUAAUACUCACUAUUUAUUGCAAUGGCAAUGCUGCUACAUGAGCCUCAUUUACCUUAAUAUCAAUGGCUUUGAUUCUCUGACUGAGCACUACUUGUUACCUUGCUUUUGCCAUUACUUGUUACCUUGCUUUCGCCAUCACUUGUUACCUUGCAUUCGCCAUUACUUGUUACCUUGCUUUCUUCCCGACACUUUAUCUACAGUAACCUCCUCUCUAGGCAUGGCUAAACUAUGACAUGCUCUAAAUUCUUCUCAACCAGACAACUCCUACUCUGCUGCUUCUGCUGUAGAUGGAACGUAACGGUACUGUAAUAACAAGGCUGUACAACGUAACAACAAGCUGGAACACGCCGCUACUACAAACUAAGCCUUGACUAACUUCCUGUAUAGCUAUGGCUCUCUGAAAGGGAAGCUAGUUAUUUAUUCCUAUGAAAUAAUAAGGGAUUGAUAAGAUUCGAUUGGUCAGUAUUUUUUUUACUGUAGUCUGGGGUUAACUAAGUGACUUGUCACCUAAAUUGAUUGAUUGCUUUGCCUUGAUCAUUUUGGUCUGAAAUCUGUCAGUUACCACAGUAUGGUGUGUCCCAUCCUUAGGAUGGGACUCCACUAUGCCCCCUACUGUAAUUUAACCCCUUACUAUAGUACCCCGGAGAAUCAGUCUACACGACACAAAGGGCAUCUUAGUCUCCACCAGUUUUGCAUUAAGCACAAUACACAUAUCCAGUUUUUUUAACUUUGCAACUCUCACUCUUACUGACUUCUCUAAGUCACCCUCUCCAUCAGAGCCAUUUCUCUCUGUGUGUCAUAGCUUCUUUUUACUUUUUACUUGGCUCUGUUAGAGCUAAUAGGAGAAGUGUUUCUGUGGCAAAAUAGUCUAGUGGCCAUCAUGAUACACAUACCUUUUAACACACUUAAAAGGAAGUGUUUACACAUAUAAACAUAUAUAUAUACCAGAGUGUAUUUUCUCUGACGUAUGUGUUUUUAUUAUCCAGUGUCCAUGCAUAAAGCAAUGCAUGUGUAUGUCUAUAUACAGUUUGUGUAUAUUUUCGUAAGUGUGUGUAUGUGUAUGGUUGUAUCAUUGUCCCUGUAGGUUUGCACAUCCUUUGUCCCUUAAGGUACCACUGUGUUAUAGUAAUAAAACCAAUUGAACUAUAUUUUCUCAAUUAAAUAUAUCUGAAAUGGUUGUUCAGAGAGGGGUGAUGCAACAAAGUGUAUUUUCUUAAUGUUUACAAUCAACUAAUAAACAUCUCAAUGAACA